UCUGUUUUGGAGAGGGUUUUGGCUAAAUCUUGGUGUUUGUGGGGUUUUUGAUCUGCGUCAUGAUGUUUGGAGGAUUUUUGGUUUGAAUCUUGGUGUUUUGGAGGUUCUUACAGACACAAGAUGCCCAAUGAGUUCCUGAGUUGCACUUGGGCAAGGAGGAACCCCCAGCCCAACACACUCCUCUCUUGUUUUUUCCCCAAACCAGGAUUUUUCAUUCUCAAGGCAUUGGCAGAUGGAGGAGGAGUUAAAGCCCCGGAGAUCCCUCUCGAGGAGGGGCUGCAAACCCAGCCCAGGGAGCUGCAAACCCAGCCCAGGGAGCUGCGAGGAGGAAAGACCCUCCCUGAGCCGGGAAGGCGGCCGGAGAUCCAGGCAGAGCUCAGAGCUGGUGGAGAAGCCUCAUGGACGGGAGAAGCCCCAGAAGUGCUUGAAAUGUGGGAAGGGUUUUAACUCCAUCUCUCAGCUGAUCCUACACCAGAGGAUCCACAGUGGGGAAAAGCCCUAUGAGUGUGGGGAAUGUGGGAAGGGUUUCAGCAAGAGCUCCCACCUGAUCCGGCACCAGAUGAUCCACACUGGGGAAAAGCCCUAUGAGUGUGGGGAAUGUGGGAAGGGAUUCAGAGACAGCUUCUGCCUGAUCCGGCACCAGAUGAUCCACACAGGGGAAGGGCUCUACGAGUGUGGGGAGUGUGGGAAGAGCUUCAGCGACAGCUCCAGCCUGAUCCGGCACCAGGUGAUCCACACUGGGGAAAAGCCCUACAAGUGUGGGGAAUGUGGGAAGAGUUUCAACUACAGCUCCAGCCUGAUCCAGCACCAGGUGAUCCACACAGGGGAAAGGCGCUACAGCUGCUUGGAAUGUGGGAAGAGCUUUGGGUGGGGCUCUGACCUGAUAAACCACCAGCGCACCCACACUGGGGAGAGGCCCUACGAGUGUCUCAAGUGUGGGAAGAGGUUUCAGAGAAGCUCCACUCUCAUCAGACAUGAGCGGAUUCACACAGAUGAGAGGCCCUUCCGCUGCCCUGACUGCGGGAAGAGAUUCAACCGCAACUCCACCCUCACUGUCCACCGGCGCAACCACUGUGGGGAGAGGCCCUACAAGUGUCCUGAGUGUGGGAAGAGGUUUCAGACCACCUUCAAUCUCCUCGAACAUGAGCGGAUUCACAUAGAACAGAGGCCCUUCUGCUGCCCUGACUGUGGGAAGGGCUUCACAUGCAACUCGCAUCUCAUCAGACACCAGCACAUCCACACCAGGGGCGAGUGCCCCAGGUCUGGGAGGAGCUUCGUGCUCUGCUCCAGCUCUAUCCCCCAUGGGAGGAUCGGUGUUGGAGGAUCCCCAGUGACCCCCGUUGGGCAGAGCCCUGGUGAUCUGUGGUCCUGGUGAUCCCUGUUGGGAAGACACCUGGCUGGGGGGGGUCUGCAUCAUCCUGUCUCCCUGUGGGCACCUGGAUGAACUCAGGGGCAGGAACGUCCAUCAGGACACGACGUUGGGAAUUCCUUGGGGAGAGUGGAUUUGUUGACUUUCAACCCUAGAAAAUCUUCUGUGUUCAAUCCUAUAUUCCGAUGUCAUCUAGGAAUACUGAAUGGUCUUGGAGGUCUUUACUGUGGUGGUUUGUAAAGGUUUCUUGAAAUUUUUUAUCUGCUGAGACCUGGGCAAUCUCCCUUGUAUCUGACAAGUACCAAUCAGUGUAGGAUUUUUAAUACUGACACAUUGUUACACCAAUACGGAAGUUUAUGCCUCUUUGUGAAACACAUGUAAAGACAAAAAAACCCGGGAAAGUUCUCUUUUCCUUCCAGCCUCU